AUGGGCAAUAAAAAUUCUUCGUCACAUUUGAAAAAUCAUCGAAACAAAAGUUUUACUUAUCAACGUAAAUCAAAUAAUUAUAUAACAGACAACGAUCAUACUAAUGCUAAAUUCGAUACCACAUCAUUACAUCAAGGCAAAAAGAAUGGUCCAUCACCUCGAUUUCGUCGUCGACAUACGCGACAAGUUCAUCUCGAUAAGAAAACAAAAAAGUUACAGACAGUGUCAUCGUAUCUCAAUGGCAGUCUUCAAUCGAUUGGCGAUCGAACAAUUAGCUUAUUUUCUCGUAGCUUUAACUUUCUUCAUCCAUCGUUAUCCUCGUCUCCAAUCUGUUUAGUAGAAAAUAGUCCUCCAGAAUCCACAAUAAAAGAUGAAAAUUAUCACCCUGAAUUAAAUGUUGGCUCGCAUUCAGGAGUCUAUAGGAAUCAAUCACGUCGAAAACUUCAAACAUCUUCAUUAAGAAAUCCAUAUAGACGUUCUAGUACGAAUUUUCCUGUUCAUGGACAUGAAGCAUUGUUUUUACCAGAAUUUUCUAUAAAAGGAAAAAUAACAGAAGCCGAUUUUGAAGUGAUUGAUAUUAUUGCAAGAGGUGCCUUUGGAAAUGUGAUACAAGUAUGUUCAAUACAUGACAACCAAAUUUAUGCGAUGAAAAUAAUGAGUAAAUCACAAAUUGUUAAAGAUAAUGCUGUUCAACAAGUUAAAGACGAAGUAACAAUCGCCCAGUCCUGUCUGUCUCAUCCAUUCGUUGUACAUACACAUUGCUAUUGGCAAUCCCGUCGCUAUCUAUAUAUAAUAACAGAUUAUGUCGAAAAUGGUGAAUUAUUAUCUCUAUGGUUGCGAAUACGUCGAUUUCCACAGUUAAUUGUUAAAAUAUAUAUAGCUCAAGUAGCUAUGGUGCUUGAUUAUUUGCAUAGAAAAGGUAUUAUAUAUCGGGAUGUUAAAAUGGAAAAUAUUUUACUUGACGAAUAUGGAAAUAUAAAAAUAAUUGAUUUCGGUUUAUCGAAAUGGCUUUCAUUAGGACAAAAAACAUCAACUAUAUGUGGAACCCUACAAUAUAUUGCCCCUGAAGUUCUUAGUGUUCGAUCGUAUGAUCAUCGUGUUGAUUGGUGGAGUUUAGGUAUUCUCAUGUAUGCUUGUUUAUUCGGUGAAUAUCCGGUGGCAGCAACUAAAGAUCAUGUAACAAUGGCAAAUAAAGUAUUGAAUCAUUCAUUUAAUUUGCCAUCGAUGGCACUCGAUAACAAAAUUCAAGUUAAAGAAUUAUUAUUAAAAUUAUUAGAGAAAAAUCCUAAUCAACGUUUAUGUUCAUUGGAUGAAUUACGUGAAACAUCGUUUAUGUCACAACUAGAUUUUAAUCAUGUCUAUGCAAAAUAUUAUUCGCCAUUAGAACUCUUAAUGAAUGCAAAAUCACAAUGGCGUAAUGAAAUCGGAUUACAUUAUAAUCAUCGGAAAAAAGACUAUGGAAAUGGAAAAUAUUCGUCAUCAUCAAGUGAAGAAAAAACAAUUUAUCAAAAUGUCGACAAUCGAUUGUUCCAAAAAUUCUCGGAGUGA